AUGGGUCGCUGGUCGCAUCUUGACCCCGAUUACGAGCGUCUGCCGGAAGGAAUCUCCCGUGUUGGCUACGACGCCGAUACCGAGUCCUACACCUUCCAAGACAGGUCCGGCUCCUAUUGGGAGAGCAGACCAGGCCGACGAUAUGGGCCCCUGAGGCGCGUUCACACAUCACCAAGUGUCCAGACGGUGCCUGUCGGUGAUGCACCACAUGCCGCUCGAAUCGAUAAGAUGUUGAAGGAUGCACACGAAUUUGAUGUAGAAGAAGGAGUAGAAGACGAAGAAAGUGAGCUGUAUCAAAGGACCAGGACGCCGAGAGGUGCAGUGAGAAGCACACGCCGACGUGGCACAAGAAACAUAUUCGCAACGUCACGGGUAGUUUUUCCAGACUCUCUGGGUACUUUCGAGGAACGCAGAUUCAGCGUUGGAGCACUCAAGGUCUACGGAGGGAAACGUUUCCCGUUGCCCAGAGAAACACCAGCAUGGCAGGUCAUUCGCACGUGCUGGGUCGGGCUGUGA